AUGGCAGAAAAACUGCUGACUGAAACUAACUAUAUAACAGCGUUGAACUACGGUGGCAUAGGAACAGUCGUCGGACAUGAAAUUACACACGGCUUUGAUAAUGGUGGAAGUUUAUAUGACGCCUAUGGCAAUCUUCGCGAAUGGUGGAAUGAGGACGCAAAGAAAAAUUAUGAGCAGCGAGCUCAAUGUCUUAUCGAC